UUAUUUCCAAACUGAAGGUUUAUUUUUCUUACUUUACAUUUCCAGAAACAAGAAGAUACAGACCAACGUCACCAUUGAGAAAUUAUGAGCCCUCUGUGCCAAGAAGAAGAACUGGGUCAACCGUCAGGUUUCUCAAUGGAGGAGAUGAUGAUAUCCAUGAAGUCCACCAGACUGUCCGGGACCUGACAUCAGACCAGCUUCGAAUGGGGGAGGACUUGGAAAGGGAAAUAGACAGGAGAUCGAGAGCAGAGCAGGAGACACAAAGAACCUUACGGGAAAUGUCAGACAGUUUAAGGCGAUCCUCCACUUCUGAGUCUGCCUCAGAGCGAGUAGACAGGAGGUUACAGCAGAUCCAGGACGACAUGGAGGCCCAGCAGAGGCAGCUGGCACGCAGACAGGAGGAGACAGUCAGCAUGUCUGACAGACUACGAGAGGCUGUCAGUGGCAACCGAACGGCGUCUAGAAGGGCAGACAUGGCUGCCGAAUCAGACCGAAUAAUGCGAGAGCGACUAGCAGACAUGGAAUCCAGAAAGUCACAGGUUGAAUCAGAACUGGAAGAAACCAAAAGAAGACUAAACCAGUCUGAGGGGGGAAGAGAAGCACUUAUGAAUCAGAUUGAGGACUUGCGUGGUCAGCUGGGCCAUGCUGAAAGGGAGAGAACCAAGAUGAGGGACAGUCUCAGUGUGGCGGAGUCUGAACGGACACGGAGGAGACAAGAGCAGGAGGAACUGGCCAGUAGCAGACAGAGACGAGAAGCAUACCAGCUGGAUCCAGAAAGGGACGAACUCCUGGAUGAAAUCAGACGUCUAAAGUCUCAGGUCAAUGACACUCGAGGAAAUGCCAGGCAAACCAUCAUCUCUGAACAGGCAGAGUCUGAGAGGAGGAGACUGGAGGAUGAGAUCCGUGAACUGAGAGCCCAGCUGAGCCGCUCCUCAGGCAUCUCUGUGGUGGAAGAACUCAAACAGACUCUGGACAGGAGUGAGCGGCAGAGACAGCAGCUGUCUGACCAUUUAGAGUCCCUGUCUAAAGAUCUGGAGAAAUCUGACAACAAGCAGGCCAGACUGAUGUCCCAGCUAAAGGAGACGACAGAGCAGCUUCAGGACAGCGAGCACCAGAGAGAGAGCCUGGCCGUUCAGCUGGAGGAUGCAAAUAAGAGACUCAGGGAAGUUACAAGGGAGUCAGAUAGAUGUGCAGAAGACCUCAGGACAACCAGACAAGGCAAGGAGGAGAGUGACAGGCAAGCUGAGGAGAUUAAAAGCAAAGCUCAGGAAGCUGUCAGACAGUGGAAGCUGAAGUGUAGGAAACUGGAGCGGGAAGUGGACCGUCAGAAACAUGGUGCCAGUCAGAUGCAGGAGAGGAACGAACAGCUAGUUAAAGAGAACGAAGCCAUGAGGCAGCAAGCAGCUAACAGUAUUCAUCAAAUAGAGAGCCUCAGAAGAGAGAUGGACGAUGCCUUGAGAAUACGAGCAGAACAGGCAGAGCAGCUGAAGCUCAGAGAUGUGGAGGUCAAUGAACUGAAGGGGAGGAAUAUGGACCUGGACAGAGAGCUCAGGGAGACCAGACAGUUCAUGGACAAGCUGGAUAAUGAACUGCAGACACAAACAGCUAGAAGUUCAGCUCUAGCAGACGACAAGAGAAAACUUGAGGAGGAAGUCUCGCUAAUGAAGGCAUCGUACCAGCGGGCGCAUGAGGAAACCAUGCAUUUACAGAAAGACAUAAAAGACCUGAGUACCCAGAGGUUAGAGCUGUCCUCACAACUAGCUGAAGAGAGAACUCAAAGAAAGGCAUUACAGAAAGCACAUGGAGAAAUGGAGGAGAGAGCACAGAGAUCACAGGAGGAGGCAGGAACACUGGCCAGACAACUGGAGAAGGAACAAAAGACACAUGUUAAGGAGGUUUCUGACCUGCAGACUGAGCUUCAAGCCAUUAAGAGUCGAGAAAGUCGAAAGGAGCAGGACCUCAUCAGGAGAGCCAAGAGGGAACGGGCAGAACUGGAGGCUGAGAUUCAGACUCUAAAGGUUGGUCUGGAGGAGGAGCGUGCUGCUGCCAAACUUCUGAAAAGACAGCUGGAAAAUGCCCAGAAAGACUACAACACAGCAAAGGAGGAAUCAGAUAGACUAGAAGAGCUGAGUUCCAGACUUCAGAAAAAAUAUCAGAGAGCUAAGGAGGACAUUCAAGAGAAGGAGCACCUUGUUGCAGAGGAGGGAGAUGCAGUGAAGCAGCUGGAGGAGCGUCUGUCGUCUGUACGAGACAAACUGGCCUCUCAGGAGGAGGGACAGGAGAGAUUACUGCGCCAAGUUGGUCGAGAGCUGGACACUCUGGUUGACAUUGCAACUUCUGACUCAGAGGUCAAGUUUCAGGCUCUGUCCUCCUCAAAGGGGCUCCACAGUGAUCCACAGAGGUGGCUGGCAGACAUCACAAGCAAGUUGCAGUGGCUGAAGGAGGAGGUGCGACUGCGGGAGGAGAGGGAGAGACGUCUGCGGGCCGAGGUCCAGAAGAACAACGACAAGGUCAAGGAGGUCAUCCGGUCUACGGAGGUUGAUAGGGACUACUACACCUCGGAGAUCACCAAACAGAGCAAGCUGCUUGACCAGAUGUCCAGUGAAAGACAAGAUCUUCUUGACAGGACACAAGAGAAAAAUGAUAUUGUCAGACAUCUUGAGGGACGAGUGUCUGAACUGACUCAUCGGUUAGAAGAGACUUUGAGACAAACGCCAGGGCCCAAUGACAGGCCCCUGGCUGCCCAGCUGCAGGACCUGCAGGAGUCACAAAAACAAAGAGACAGAAUCCAAGAAAGAUAUGCCAUGUACAAGGAAAAACUGGGGUCUCUCCAGUCUGAACUGAAGGGUGCCAGAAAGGCUGCUUUUGAACACAAGCAAGCAGAGCUGGAUGCCAGCCUGCGGUCGGCACGUUUGGCCGGGAUGAGCCCCACAGCGUCACCAAUCCCCCGGCGGGGUCGGGUCAGGGUCAGCGAGAGUCCACCAACAUUACUCAGGGCUAGUAGCUAUAGAUCAAGGUCACCUGUGUUAUACUCAAGGGCAAGGUCACCAACCAGAUCACCAAGGUCAAGGUCACCCAUCAGAUCCAGGUCAAGGUCACCAGAGCCAGGCAGCACCAGGAAGCCAGCAGCAGAUUCCAUUCUAUCUCAGAACAGAACAUCUUCUCCUGUGGAGGCCCUCCAUGACAACGGGAGAUGACGGUGAACCCUUUAUGCUUCUCUAGGACUCUGCAACCAGGGACAUCAUCAGGAGCAGUUUUAGUGGAGGGGGACAACUGAUUUUAUAUGGUUCCAGCUGUUACCACAAAGAUGAAGCUGGAUGUAUUUAUGUGAAACGAUCAAAUGGAUGUAUUUAUGGGAAAGGAUGGCCACAUAGUACCAACAGCAGUUAUUGAUCCAAGAACUCAAGAGAUUAUUGUAUAUUUUUUUUGUCAGAGAAGGAAGUUUAACAGUGGAGAAAAGUGUACGUGUAGGUGUGUAUUUGAAUGGAUUUGAACAGUGUCAGGGCUUGACUGCCUUAACAUUGAGGUACUUCUUGAUUCCCAUUGGACCAACAUAUUUCUUUUUCUUCAUACCAUAAACAGCAGGGAUAAUAAAGUAAAAAAUCAAAACACAAAUAGUACCCACAUGUACUAGAAUUUUCUCCUCAGUCAGUAAAUGUACAUGUAUUAGCAAAUGAAAAUGUAGCAUAUAGAGAUAGGAGCCUGUGGACAAGUCAAGUUUACUUUAUUGUGCCCAUGAAUGAUACUAGGUUCUAAAGGACAGACACUUCUGUGCAAACAUCCAAUCCUGUAGUAUGUAAUGCAUCAGAAGAGAUUUCGUGUCCAGAGUUGUCUAUGCAUCAGGCAAGGUACUAGUACCUGAAGGAACUGCCAUGCUGCUAGAGUUGUAGAAACCCUUUUGUACAAGUCAUGACAAAACUUGUUUUAAACUUUCUCAAAAUGUGGAGCAAUGUUAAGUCAUGCUCCUGUUUAUAGUGUUAAGUAGAGAUUGUGUAAAUUAUUGUGUGAAACUGUUGUGUAAGUACAUGUAUGUUCCUAUGUUGAAGUGUUGUCCUAUUGAUGCAAGUAUUCCAGUAACCAAUGCUUACUUUAUGACUUCUGAUGUGCCAUUGCUAUGAAUUCUAAUCAGUAUUGUAUCUGUUCACCUUCUACAUGUAAGAAGUCCUAGGUCCUGUAGUUGUGUGCCAAAGCUAAGAGACCUUUUAUACAACUUUGUUUUUAUUCCUACUCACCACCAGUGUAUAGGCCACCAUUAUGUGGCUGUCAAUUUUGUGUGUCAAAAGGUGAUGUUCUACUAGAAGUAAUAAGUAGGGUUUGUGGUUUUAUAGUACUUUUUAUUUUUCGUCAGCACAACCAAGAGAUAGUUUGACAAGGUGAACAGCAGACUUCACCUGCUCCAUGCCUCAUGCAUGGACUGUGACUGUAUUUAUUCCUGAGAAGUCGAUGUAGACUAUGCAGUAGGCUAUUUUUACCUUGUUGGUGUAUGCUGUGUCCUUCCCUUUCUUGUCACAUGUAUAUGAAUUAUUUCUGAGGAAAUUAUAUCAUCUAGAACUGCUA